UCAAUUGCAAUCAAUUUAAAUAAAAUCAUUAUUACAGCUGCAGCUGCUGCAAGUGCAACGAGAGCUGAAUGCAAACGUAAUCAUUGGGAAAAUUUGUGUGCAAAACAAUUUCGACACAGACAACAGCAGCAAAGUAAUUGAGCAAAAGCCUCUCGCCUGGACUGGGACUGGGGACUCGCAAGAAAACAAGAAUAAACAACAAAAAAACAAUGGUUUCGAGAAGAAAAAUAUUAUCACGUUCGCGCGAUGAUCUAAACCUGGAUCAGACAUUCACCCAACAGGAGGAGGAGGAAGAUGUCUGGUAUCAGAAAGAUAAACUCUAUAAGGAACACAUACAGGAAGUGCUGGACAAAUGGACGCAAAUUGAUGAUGAGAUCUGGGCCAAAGUAAUUGUCUUUGAGCGCAAUCGCCGUGUGGCCAAAGCCUAUGCACGUGCUCCAGUGCUCACAAUCAAUGGCUCUGACGAUGGCUUCGAUGGCAUGCGCAUUGGGCUGUGCGGCUUUGACAAUCCGAUGCGGGAUCAGAAGACGGACGAAAUGAAGCGCGUCAUCGGGCAGGGCGUCAAGAUCAAAAUGGAUGAUGCUGGCAAUAUACUCGUGCGUCGCUAUGCGAAGAGCAACGUAUUUGUUAAGAGCACCGCCAGCACUCCCAACGAGGAGACCUCCAUUGGUGCCGAAAUCUUAAAGCUGCCAAAUCAGGCGCUCGAAAGCGAAAAAAUAGUCAAGCUGUUCGAUAUGAAGAAGUUCCAGUCGAACGUGAAUCGUGAAUUGCGUCGUGCCUAUCCAGAUCGUCGACGCUUGGAAACGCAAUGCCUAUCGGCAGUGGCCUUUGUCAAAUCGGAGAAUGACAUUUUGGAGUGCCCCAUUUGGGUGCUCAUUGUGAAUGUGGUAGCCAUGGAUAUGCUAAAGAGCAAAUUGCCGCCAGUGCAACGUCCCAUUGUGGAUAUAAAGAAUCGGCCGCGCAUACCCAUACCCGACGAGGAUCCCUACAGCGUGGCCGGCAAUGGCAGCAACGGCAGCUCGGGCAGCUCUGGCUUUGGCAGCGCCCACCAGCAACAGCUGCAGCAGCAGCAACUGCAACAGCAGCAACUGGGCAAGCAUUUGAAUAAUGGCAGCAGCAAUGGACAUGUGGCUGCCACACGUGAGCAACUGUUGCUGCAGACGCAACAAUUGGCGCACAAGCGCAGCGAGAAGCCGCCCAAAUUGCCGCCCAGAGAUAAUGUCUAUGCGCACGAUCUAAUUCCAAAGCCGGACUACGAUGACAUUGACUUGGAGUCCCGCAUCAAAUUGUCACGCGGCAAAUCUGACAAAGGCAAGGACAACAAGAAAUAUGAUGAUCCCUAUUACUGUGGCUUGCGUGCACGCGUGCCGAACUUUGUGAAAUCUUCCAAGUCCAGCUCGAAGGAUCAGCGUGACGGCAAUGGCAACAACAUCAUCAUCAACAACAACACAAGCAACAGCAAUGCCAACAGCAAUGGCAAUGGCAACGGCAACGGCAUGAGCACGCUCAGCCAGAAGAAGACAUCGAUGAUACACAACAAUCAUUUGGCUGGCAUGCAUCCGCACGCGCUGCACUUGCAGCAGCAGCAGCAGCAGCAACAAUUGAUGGCAGCAGCAGCAGCAGCGGCAGCACAUGCCGUGCAUCAUCAGCAGCCAGCUAGCCAUCAUCAUCCGCAUCAGAUUUGGCAGACGCGCAGCUAUGAGAGUGGCAUAGAUUCGGAACUUGUCGAAUCACCUUAUAAUCACAUCUAUGGACGCCAUUUACCGCUGCCAACACGCGGCUAUGUGCCCACACCACGCAUGUUUAUUGGGGAAUGGGACUGAGAGCGGAGAAGAUGAGCUCUAUACAUAUAUAUAUACACCAAUAUAUACCUAUAUAUAUAUAUAUUUAAUAAAUACAUGUAUCAACUGCUUCACACAAUUCACGCACAAAAAAGUUUAAAUUAACUAAAAUCAAAAUUUAUUUUGCCAACAGAAAAGAAAAUUAAAUUUUAAG